AAUCCCAUUUCAAGAAAACAUUCACAAGUUUUUUUUAAUGAAUGUUUUCGAGUUCGAACUGCUCUAAAUAAACAAUCCUGGGAUGACCUCGGAAAUUGUUCAUCAUUUGAGUCUAAUUUUAAGAAUCUUGUUUCAUUCAAAAACCAUUUAGACUGCUAUAUAUAUAUAAGUGAACAGAGGAAAAAUCACCCUUUUACCCAUUUUGUUAAAAAAAAAAAAAUAGAGUUGGGAAUGAAAACAGAGGAAGUAACUAUUAACAACAACAACAACAAUAACAUUCAUGCUGCAACUUCAUCAUCAUCAGAUGGAAGUAACAUGAACACAACAAAUAGUAAAAACCAGAAUUUGGGUCAGUAUGGGACUGAUGCAAGACUUUUGUCAGAGUUUGAACAGUCAGUUGUAUCUGGUAAGUCUUUUAACUACUCAACUUUAGUUGCAAAUGCACCGAAAUCAGGGGCUGUUGUGGCUGAACAUGAAGUGACUGCUUAUUUGUCAACUUUUCAAAGAGGUGGUCUUGUUCAGCCUUUUGGUUGUAUGAUUGCUAUAGAAGAACCUAGCUUUAGGAUCAUUAGUUUUAGUGAGAAUUGUUUUAGUAUGUUAAGUUUAAGUACCGAAAAUCUUAAUGAUAAGGCCAAGAAAAGUCUGCUUGGAGUUGAUGCUAGAACCCUUUUCACUUCUAGUUCUAGGGCUUCUUUAGAAAGAGCUAUAGGGUCAAGGGAAAUCACCUUGUUAAACCCUAUUUGGGUCCAUUCUUGGACUACCCGUAAACCAUUUUACGCGAUUCUUCAUAGAAUUGAUGUGGGUGUUGUGAUUGAUCUAGAGCCAGCUAACAAUAGUGAUCCCACAUUUUUGCUUGCUGGUGCUGUUCAGUCACAAAAACUUGUGGUUAAAGCGAUUUCUAGGCUGCAGUCUGUCCCCGGGGGAGACAUCGGGGUUAUGUGUGAUAUGGUUGUUGAAGAAGUCCAAAAGCUUACAGGUUAUGAUCGAGUUAUGGUGUAUAAGUUCCAUGAUGAUGAACAUGGUGAAGUUGUUUCAGAAAUUAGAAGGGCUGAUUUAGAACCAUAUUUAGGACUACACUAUCCUGCAACAGACAUCCCACAAGCUGCUCGAUUUUUGUUUAAACAGAAUCGUGUGAGAAUCAUUGUUGAUUGUUUUGCGGAAUCAGUUCCUGUGAUUCAAAGUCAAGAGUUGAAGCAGCCACUUUGUUUGGUCAACUCUACCCUUCGAGCACCUCAUGGCUGCCAUGCUGUUUACAUGGCAAAUAUGGGAUCUGUUGCAUCUUUAGUGAUGGCAAUUCUUAUAAACAACAAGGACUCCAUGAAGCUAUGGGGUUUAGUCGCCUGCCAUCACAGCACACCACGUUAUAUCCCUUUUCCACUUCGCUAUGCGUGUGAGUUUCUAAUGCAGUCAAUGGGUUUACAGCUCUAUAUGGAGCUCCAAUUAGCCGAACAGAAAGCAGAGAAACAGAUUCUCCGUAUGCAGACCACCCUGUGUGACAUGCUCCUGCGUGACGCCCCUUUUCGGAUCAUAACUCAGUCUCCAAGUAUAAUGGAUUUAGUCAAAUGUGAUGGAGCGGCUUUAUAUUAUGAGGGGAAAGUUUGGUUGAUUGGUAUAACUCCAAAUGAAUCACAAGUUACAGACAUAGCUAAAUGGUUAUGUAGUGAACACAAAGACUCUACAGGUUUCAGUACAGAGAGUUUGUUGCAUGCUGGUUAUCCUGGUGCGGUUCUGCUUGGUGAUGCAGUUUGUGGUAUGGCUGCUGCACGGAUUAAUUCAAAAGAUUUCUUGUUUUGGUUCAGAUCGCAUACAGAAAAAGAAAUCAAAUGGGCAGGAGCUAAGCAUCAUCCUAAGGACGAAGAUGAUGGUGAGAGAAUGCAUCCAAGAUCUUCUUUUAAGGCGUUUCUUGAAGUAGUGAAAGGUAGGAGUUUUCCUUGGGAAAUUUCUGAAAUCAAUGUGAUUCAUUCUUUGCAGUUAAUUAUGAGAACAUCAGCUCAAGAUGUUGCAGAUAAUGGCGGUGGUCGUCGUAAAGUGAUAAAAUAUGGUCAAGAAAGUGAGAGUGGAGUUCCAGAAAUGGAUGAAAUUAGUUCGGCUGCUUGUGAGAUGGUGAGAGUGAUUGAAACAGCAUCUGUCCCAAUCUUUGGUGUUGAUGGGUCUGGUUUGGUUAACGGGUGGAAUGGGAAAAUUGCAGAGUUGACUGGUGUGCUAGCUAGUGAUGCAAUGGGGAAAUCUUUGAUUGAUGAUAUUAUUCAUGAAACAUCACGUGGAGAAGUUAAAGAUCUUCUCACUAGAGCUUUGCAAGGUGUAGAAGAGAAAAACAUUGAACUGAAACUAAAAAGGGCUGAAAACAACACCAUUAUAUACAUCGUGGCUAAUACGUGCUCCAGCAAGGACUACAUGAACAAUGUGGUUGGCAUAUGCUUUGUGGGUCAAGAUGUCACCACUGAGAAAAUUGUCAUGGAUAAAUUCAUGCGAAUGGAAGGAGCUUAUAACGCUAUUAUCCACAGUUUAAAUCCCCUAAUUCCUCCUCUAUUUGCUUCCAAUGAAAACGCUUGUUGUACUGAAUGGAAUGCAGCCAUGGAAGAGCUUACUGGUCAUAUUAGAAAUGAAGUUCUUGGGAAAGUGCUUCCUGGUGAAGUUUUUGGAGGUAUAUGUCCACUUAAAGAUCAAGAUACUCUGACAAAGUUUAUGAUUUUGUUAUAUAAAGCAAUCAAUGGUCAUGAGACUUCAGAUAUGCCAUUUGGAUUUUUUAGUAAACAUGGAAAUCCUGUAGAGGUUCACUUGAGCGCAAGCAAGAGGGUUGAUGAUCGUGGAAAUGUACUCGGCUGUUUCUGCUUUUUGAAGAUUAAUAAAAGUGAUCUAGAGUUUGAGUUGAAGAGUAAUAAUUUAGCAUAUAUUAGGCAAGAAAUUAAGAACCCGUUAAAUGGGCUGCAUUUCACUAACAAACUUCUUGAAAACUCAGCCAUUUCAGAAAAUCAAAAGCAGUAUCUUGAAACAAGUGGUGCUUGCGAAAGACAAAUUGCAUCAAUCAUCGAGCACAUGGAUAUUAAAAGUCUUGAAGAAGGCAGCAUGGAUCUGAACUUAGGCGAAUUUGUCAUGGAGAAUAUUUUAGAUGCGAUUGUGAGCCAAGUCAUGAUCGUACUGAAGGAAAAGAAUAUCCCCCUGGUUCACGAAAUACCUGAUCAAGUCAAAACGCUCUCUCUUCUUGGUGAUCAAGUUAGGCUUCAGAUAGUCUUGUCAGAUUUCUUACUCAGCAUUGUGAACCAUGCACCUUCACCAGACGGAUGGGUGGAAAUCAAAGUGUCCCCUGGACUCAGGAUGAUACAGGACGGGCAUGAAUUAAUUCAUAUACAGUUCAGAAUGACUCAUCCCGGUCCAGGGUUACCUGUGGAUAUCAUUAGGGACAUGUAUGAAGAGAGAAAAUGGAGUACACAAGAAGGACUUGCUCUAAAUCUUUCUAGAAAGCUACUCGGUAUCAUGAAAGGCCGUGUGCGUUACGUUAGGGAUGACAAUAAGUCUUGUUUUCUCAUUGACAUUGAACUUGAAACAAGGAAAUGACCAUAAGAAAAGUACUCUUUAACAAAUAAGAAAAUCUUUAUAAGAUCAACUGCAUUAUGUUCUAAUGUACAUAAGCGUCUGUAGAUGCUUGUAUCCUAUUCCAAUUUUCACCAUGUUGGUGCCUUAGAUUACUGAAUCUUUGAUGUGUAAAUGAGUUCAAAUUCAAUUCACAGUUAUGUAAACCUGUACCUUCAAUUCCUGUGUUUGUAUAUAAUUUAAUGUUCAUGGGAUCAAAUUCAAUUCAUGUCUAUGAUGUUA